AUGGGGGAUGGCAAUCCCGAUAGCAAAAUCAAGCUUGCUGCAUGGAGUCGUGAAAUGGACUCAGACCUAGACAAUGUGCUCAAUAAGCCUAUGGUCUCGAAGGCACUCGUAUUCUUUGUUCAGCACAACUUUAUGCUGAAUAACGAAGUGCCCGCAAGCAGGGAAAUUCCACAAGAGACUAGAGAUGCCCAACUGAGGCUUGAGGAUGAGUUGAAAACAAUGAAGCUAGACGUGGCAGCAAGGGAUGCGACCAUUCAGAAGGUUUAUGAGCUCAAGUCUAAGCUGGAGGUUGCUUUGAAAGAGGUCCAGAAGGUCCCCGACCUCAAAUUGAUGCUGGCGGUGACCUUGAAGGAGGUCGAGGCUAAGAAUUCCGAGAUCAUGGAGAAGAAUUCUGAGAUCAAGGAAAUUCGAGAACUCAAUGCCAAGAUGGAAGAGGAAAAGAAGAUGACCUUCAAAGUUAUUGAAGGUGAGAAGGCUCAUCUUCUGGAGGAGUUCAAAAACAAAAAAGAUCGCGCCGUAGACAUGGCGAUGUAUCUGAUUUGGGUGAGCAAUCUCGACCUCGACACCAGUUUCCUAGCCAACCUGGAGGCUGAUUUCAUCGCCAAAAGGCAGGCUCGCCUUGAGGAGGAGGAGGCCAGGCUCGAGGCUGAGGAAGCAACAGAGGCUGCAAGGGCUGCGACUCGAGAAACAUCUAAGUCUUGA